AGGUCCAGUUCCGCCCCUACCGCACCGACGACUUCAUCACCCGCCUCUACUACGAGACCCCUCGCUUGACCGUCCUCAACCAAACGUGGGUGUUGAAAGCUCGAGUCAACGACUCGGAACGGAACCCCAACCUCUCCUGCAAGAGAACCCUCUCCUUCCAACUCAUCCUCAAGAGCAAAAUCAACUCCCCCAUGGAAUGUUCCUUCCUCCUCCUCGAGGGACCUUACGACGACGUCAAGAUCCAUCCCGUCAUCUACCACUUUGUCUUCAGCAACGAGAACAACGAGACGGAUUACAUGGCCCUGCCCAUCCUCGACUCCGUGGAGUGUAACAAACUCUUGGCCGCUAAAAAUAUCAACCUCCGCCUUUUUCUAUUCCAGAUUCAGAAAUAA